CAAAUAAGGCGUCCUGGGGAAUCUGGCGUUCUCGCGAAAGUAUUUCGCACGCGGAAUGCAGCCGUGUGGGUGACGGUAUAAAAACGGGUAGCACGCGGUCAAAACGCCCCACCAAAAACUUUGUUCGCCUCGGAAAUCUCUCGCACGCAAAAAAUACAUAAACGAGCCGUGAAAAGCAGCCACCACCACCACCAUCAUCAUGUGCGACGAGGAGACGACGGCUCUUGUGUGCGACAAUGGCUCUGGGCUUUGCAAGGCGGGCUUCGCGGGAGACGAUGCCCCCCGCGCCGUCUUCCCCUCCAUCGUGGGGCGGCCCAGACAUCAGGGCGUGAUGGUGGGCAUGGGCCAGAAGGACUCGUACGUGGGCGACGAGGCGCAGAGCAAGCGCGGCAUCCUCACCCUCAAAUACCCCAUCGAGCACGGCAUCAUCACCAACUGGGACGACAUGGAGAAGAUCUGGCACCACAGCUUCUACAACGAGCUGCGCAUCGCUCCCGAGGAGCACCCCACUCUACUCACCGAGGCGCCCCUCAACCCCAAAGCCAACCGCGAGAAGAUGACCCAGAUCAUGUUCGAGACGUUCAACGUCCCGGCCAUGUACGUGGCCAUCCAGGCCGUGCUGUCGCUCUACGCGUCCGGACGCACGACCGGUAUCGUGCUGGACUCUGGCGAUGGAGUGACCCACAACGUGCCAAUCUACGAGGGCUACGCGCUGCCACACGCCAUCAUGCGCCUGGAUCUGGCCGGACGCGACCUCACGGACUAUCUCAUGAAAAUCCUCACCGAGCGAGGAUACUCGUUUGUUACCACAGCCGAGCGGGAGAUCGUUCGAGACAUCAAGGAGAAGCUGUGCUACGUGGCGCUGGACUUCGAGAACGAGAUGACGAUGGCGGCCUCGUCGUCAUCGCUUGAGAAAAGCUACGAGCUGCCCGACGGGCAGGUCAUCACCAUCGGCAACGAGCGCUUCCGCUGCCCCGAGACGCUCUUCCAGCCGUCCUUCAUCGGGAUGGAGUCGGCAGGGAUCCACGAAACUACGUACAACUCCAUCAUGAAGUGCGACAUUGACAUCCGGAAGGAUCUGUACGCGAACAACGUGCUGUCCGGUGGCACCACCAUGUACCCGGGUAUCGCGGACCGCAUGCAGAAGGAGAUCACCGCCCUGGCGCCCACCACCAUGAAGAUCAAGAUCAUCGCCCCGCCUGAGAGAAAGUACUCGGUGUGGAUUGGCGGGUCAAUCCUGGCUUCGCUCUCCACCUUCCAGCAAAUGUGGAUCAGCAAACCCGAGUACGAUGAAGCUGGGCCCUCCAUCGUGCACCGCAAGUGCUUCUAGCCUGGCGGCGCAGGGCCCCGCUCGCGACAGCAGCGGGCAUUUAACGGCGGCCGUUGAUGUGAACAGCCCGAAUGAAAUGACCGGCCGAUAAUAUCGCCAUAUGGAAAGAAAUGCAACGUUGUAAUGUGUACUACGUUUACUGAAAUACAGUAAUUUCGGUUAAACCCAAAAAACUCACAUUUAAUGUACGAUUUAUCAGAUAUUGUCGAUUUAACGUUCAUUAAUACUCGCAUUUAAAAACAAAAAUAGACUGUUGACGUUUCGCUUCUAUUUUGUUUUUAUUGUUACUGGUAAGGUGCACAGCAAGGCAUUAACACUCGUUUGCAUUCUUAGACAUCACCUGCGGGUGGUGGGAGCGCUUAGCACGGCGCCUCUGGCGUGGGACUCGGUAGGCUCCCGACAAACAGGCCGAUGUGUCCAUGCUAAUACCAAAACUAUGGGCCGCGUUGUCAACCCGCUGGAGUGUUGCGCUCCUUCAACAGAGGAGGAGGAACAGCCAAACGAUACACUCUCUCUCCAGAAGCUCUCUAACGGCUCGCAGAGCUCGUCAUUAGCACUUAGCUCCUGCACAUAAUUUCCAUCAUGCACAAGAAUAGAGCAGUGAGCUCCCUCCAGCCGUCUCUAGUUCUGCUCUCUAGCGAUGUAAGCAAGUCGGUGAUUUAACGUCUCUAACGUGACUAUUGAUGCCAUCCAAUGGGUGCAAGCAAAUCGAAUGCAAUUUUGCAAUACAUUUGCAAUCUGUAACUGGGCUAAGACUGUCAAGCCGUAGCAUAUUCUGCACGCAAUAAAACCCAUGACUUGAACGCGGGCUGCCAGUUAUUACUUCGUUAUCCGAAUUAGACUUCUCAGCCGCCUAAUGCUCAUGCACAGAAGGUGAUCAGUUUGAGCUUUAGGCAUCACGACAGAGGAGUAAGGAGUGUACGCUAACAAGAAGGAGAAUGGAGUGGGAAUUCGAUGGUUGAGCAGGAUUACCUCGAUUAUUAUGAUUAAUAAGUAGUUCAGUUUGGGUUAGAUCGUGUAGGUAUAGUGCCAAUUUUCAACGACACCCUCCACCGCCCGACAGAGCCGAUCAACAAUGGCAAUAGAAAUUGAUACGAUAGCUACACGACACAACCCAAAAUAAACCCAAGAGCGAAUCCUAAUGUUGGCCGUGAGAACCUGCACCGUGAAAACAAUUCACCCGGGUCAUCGUCUUACAAUCUCGCAGGGGUGUCUCAUAUCACACCCCGCAAAGAUGAACAAUCAUGAGCCAGGCGAGGCCGCAUGCCAAGCAGGGUCACUGCGCGGGGCUGUCCUGAACAGUGGCAUGUGGCCACCACCAUCCCUUUUUUGGUGCGCCGCUGCAGCCAUGAGUAAUUGUUUUGUUACACACGGGGAAGGGACGUUGCAACGCCGCUGAAACGUCGCUCGCCUCAAGUUGUUCUCGAGCAUGUUGUGGCACGACGGUAUUGGAGGAAGAGAAAGCCGCGUUGCGCGCGAUCGAACGCGACCGACGGCCAAGCGCUGCGGUGAAUUGGGGAAGGCAGCGUUUAUCUCCACUCGUUGACUCCCCACCCCCCCAUUGACGAGGGAACCGUGUAUAAGAAGAGGUCCUCACGGGGUCAUGUGGAUGAUAGCCCCUGAAGCUGGUAGACCAGGUGGCUGAGUGGGGGCGGAGCGAGCGGCUCGGAAUUGGAGGUUACGAGUUCGAAUCCUCAUUGGAGGUCGACUCAGUCUAUCAUCCCGCCAGGAUACAUAGAGGAAGGUUUGGCCAUUCCAUAGGAAUGUGGAAUUUCCACCCCGCUGGCUGCUCAGGGCUGUGAACGUGAGAGGAGCCACCGAUGCUAUCGAAUACUCAUUCGAGCGGGGAAUCACUUUUGCUCUAUUCACCGCUCUCAAGUGGGGGAACCCGCGUGCAAAUCGACGCGUCACCUUCGCCCAGUGAUGACAGUGACGACGACGUCUGCCCUAGGUAGUACAGCUGUAAGAGGGCUGGGGGGGGGGAUGCUUGCAGUUUCAUUUUCCGAUGGGUUUUUUGUAAUGCCGAGUAGUGGUGUGUGCUGCUGCACGGUGCUGACGAUGCACACAGCCUUGACGGAUUCCCUGGGACGCCACCGAUUCUGGGGCAGGGAGACACUUGACGCCACGGUGGCUAGGAGAUGUGAACAACCUCGCCUGGUAUAAGGAGGCCGUGGGCUCGAUCCCGACCCUGACGACGCCUGCUGCUGUGUAUGUUGAGUUUGCAUGUUCUCUCUCUCACCGUGGUCGCGUGGAUUUUUGUCCGGGUCCUCCGGUUUUCCCCUCCACGUUUAGAAACACGAGUUGAGCGUAUUUGGCUGUGAUAAAUGUCCACACGAUAAGCCACCACUUCGUUGAGCUGUCAUUUGUGAUAGCCAGGUCGCUUCUGAAAGAGAGCUGUGUAGCUCAGCGGGCCUUACCUGGUAAAAUAUUUAAAAAACGAGUUUUAGAGUUCAGUGUUCACUGUGAAGCCAUUCAAGCGUCGGAGUAAGCCGUCUUCCACGGAACCGCCUGCACGCCCUUUCAUCUGAAACUAGAACACCACGAGGCCACCGCUGAAAACAGUCCCGUGCCUCCGUUAUUUAUACGCGGCGCAGCUAUUGAUUGAAUUUCGUAUUUUUAUUUCUUUUAGGGACCGAUUUUGGCAAACAUCACGUUCGACAUUUAACGCGUUGAUUUCUUUCCAUAUUGAUCAUGAAAGCGAGAUUAAAUGUCCAUUUUGUUUACCAUAUGUCAUUGCCUAUACCUAUACCGUCUUUGUUUUGCUCAUGUAAACUUGCACGCUUCUAGGAUGUAGGGGUUUUAUCCGCAUUCUUGCAAUAUGCUUCUGAUCAUUCCUGCACAGUGUCUGGAAAUUGUCCCGGAUUUUUAAUUCGCGUAACGCUGUUGAAAAAAAGCCCCUUCGGGCAGUGACGUUGCAGCUGUGGGUCUGUGUUUCUCCCCCCGGGGCAUGCCGUGAUUUGUGCCGUGACAUUACAAGUCCGGUGGGAAAAAAAUGUUCACCGUUAUUUAGAAGCACUUCGUGACACACAAAAAGACAAAAAUCUCCCCACUAUGGCCUUAACAGACUGUCGGAGCAAGUGCUGUUAGCGAGGAGCACUUGUGCAGGCCGAGACGGCACACGAGGGGGUGGGUGGCCAGCACCACGCCCGGCCGCCUUCGUCUCCCCGGUGGCGAUGUUUUUAUACGCCGAAUCAGGUACACCGUUUGAGGCUGAGCCGACCUAGGAGAGGCCCACGAUCGGUUCAGAUGAAUCGCCACCGGUGUUGGUGACCGUGAGCGGGAAUCGAACCCGGGUGGCCGGGGUUCGUAGCGCAGCGUAGCGCUGACCGCUGCACUGGCAGCAGGCCGCACACCAAAUGUCAGAUGAGCCAAACUCAACGGCGUGAGUUGGAAGUGGCACCCAGUCUCCGUGUUCCCGACUACGGCGCUUCAGCCUUUCCAUGUUGACACUUUACUGUGUGUGUGUGUAUUGUCUUGUUUACAUUAAAAUGGAUAACACUUGUAAA